GCAGAGGGAGCCGGAGAGGCCGCGUCGUUUCUGCGGGAUUACUUUUCUGGGGCCGCCCCUCAUUGGGCGGCGUGGUGCGCUGUAGACAACAAACUGUCAGGGGACCGGACCCUGUCCUCUGGGUGCUCCCACCCGCAAUCGGAAACCCAGGGGCCGACUUCCGGGCCAGUCCCCCCCACCCCCCCCGCAGAGGGCAGGGGGCUGGCCGCGGGGCUCGGAGGACUCGCAGCUGCUGCUCGGCCGCGGGGUCCGUCGCGGCCUUCGGGCCGUGUGGCACGGGCCACUGUCGCCUGGGUUUCCCAGCUCCGGGCACAGACACCCACGAGUGCUUCUUGAAUAUACGUGCGAAUCGGGAGUCGUGACGGAGCCCUGCAGGACCGCUGGGCGGCGGAGCUAUGGACAAGCGCCUGCGGGAGGCUCAGCUGUACAAGGAGGAAGGGAACCUGCGCUACCGGGAAGGGAAGUACCGAGAUGCUGUGAGUAGGUACCAUCGGGCUCUGCUUCAGCUGCGGGGUCUGGAUCCCAGCCUGCCCUCCCCGAUACCCGACCUGGGGCACGAGGGCCCGGCCCUCACGCCUGCACAGGAAAGCAUGCUGCACGCCACCCAGACAGACUGCUACAACAACCUGGCGGCCUGUCUCCUUCAGAUGGAGCCAGUAAACUAUGAACGGGUGAAAGAAUACAGUCAGAAGGUCCUGGAGCGACAGCCUGACAAUGCCAAGGCCCUGUACCGGGCCGGUGUAGCCUCCUUCCACCUGCAGGACUAUGGCCAAGCUCGGCACUACCUGCUGGCCGCCGCCAACAGGCAGCCCAAAGAUGCCAAUGUCCGGCGGUACCUCCAGCUGACACAGUCGGAGCUCAGCAGCUACCAUCAGAAAGAGAAGCAGCUCUACGUGGGCAUGUUUGGUUAACAGAGAAGAAUGUCGCUUCUCCACUUGAACUUUGGUGAAUGGUGAAUCAGUGAAGUCUCAUCCAGUGACAUCUGACCUCGCAGGAGACAGGAGCCCCACACCUCUGACCCAGGUGUCUUUCUUGUUUCUAGUUCUGCACAAACUCUUAACUACUUACACAGCCUGCCUUUUGUGUAUGUGUGUGUGUGUGUGUGUGUCUGUCUGUCCAUCUAUAUAUUUGUAUAGCUUUUAAUACAUGGCAUUUUUAUGGACAUUGGCCCUGAGAAUUACAACCAGAAUAUAUUCAUCACCUGUGUGUGGAAUUAAUCAUAUCGACAGCAUAGAUUCUAAUGAUGGAUGUUGUUGGGUGUAUUCAUACACAGAGGAGAAGUUUAGCAGAGGAUGAGGUAAUGACAGACAGAAAGGAGUUUCUUCCUUUGUUUUCUCAGAUGCCCAAAGCCAAAGUUAGGCCAGAAACUGAGCAGUGUAUUUCUUUUGUGAAACUAGACAAUUAUAAAUUGGGCCCACAUGUCUUAAAAUGAAUGGUUUCAAAGAAAGUGAAUUCCUUAUUUUUAAUAUUCCACAUCUAUUCAGAUUCUUCUUCCUCUUCAAAAAUAUCUGGCUCCUAUUGCGGAUAACGCUUUACAUCUCUUCCAUCUACUCCAACGCCUACCGAAUGCCGCUUCUGGUCAUUUGUAUUGUUUAUAUUCAGAUCAUUAGAGUAGACUUACUUAAUUUUUCAUUAAACUCUUCUAUUUUAAGAUCUCUGUAGUCAUGCACUUAAGUAUUUAUUUAAUAAUCCUUCUUACUCUCAUGCUACAAAAACACCCAAGUAAACAGUUUUGUUUUUA